AUGGCCGCUGUGGCCGUCCUCCGGAACGACUCUCUGCAGGCCUUCCUCCAGGACCGCACCCCCAGCGCCUCUCCGGACCUAGGCAAGCACUCACCCCUGGCUCUGCUGGCCGCCACCUGUAGCCGGAUCGGCCAGCCUGGCACGGCUGCAGCCCCCGACUUCCUACAGGUGUCCUACGACCCAGCUCUGGGCUCACCCUCCAGGCUUUUCCACCCUUGGACCGCCGACAUGCCCGCUCACUCGCCAGGCGCCCUGCCUCCCCCGCACCCCAGCCUGGGGCUAACGCCACAAAAAACACACCUGCAGCCGUCCUUCGGGGCAGCUCACGAGCUCCCGCUCACGCCCCCCGCGGAUCCCUCGUACCCUUACGAGUUCUCGCCGGUCAAGAUGCUGCCCUCGAGCAUGGCGGCACUGCCUGCCAGCUGCGCGCCCGCCUACGUACCCUACGCCACCCAGGCCGCUCUGCCUCCGGGCUACUCCAACCUGCUGCCCCCGCCACCACCUCCGCCUCCACCGCCCACCUGCCGCCAGCUAUCCCCUGCACCAGCCCCGGACGACCUCCCCUGGUGGAGCAUCCCUCAAUCGGGUGCGGGGCCAGGAGGCUCUGGGGUUCCUGGAACUAGCCUCUCCAGCGCCUGUGCCGGGGCCCCCCACGCUCCCCGGUUCCCUGCCUCGGCUGCGGCUGCUGCAGCGGCUGCAGCUGCCCUGCAAAGGGGCCUAGUAUUGGGCCCGUCGGACUUCGCACAGUAUCAGAGCCAGAUCGCCGCGCUACUGCAGACCAAGGCCCCCCUGGCGGCCACGGCCAGGAGGUGCCGCCGCUGCCGCUGCCCCAACUGCCAGGCGGCUGGCGGCGCCCCCGAGGCGGAGCCGGGCAAAAAGAAGCAACACGUGUGCCACGUGCCAGGCUGCGGCAAGGUGUAUGGCAAGACGUCGCACCUGAAGGCGCACCUGCGCUGGCACACGGGCGAGCGGCCCUUCGUGUGCAACUGGCUCUUCUGCGGCAAGAGCUUCACGCGCUCAGAUGAGCUGCAGCGGCACCUGCGGACUCACACGGGCGAGAAACGCUUCGCCUGUCCCGAAUGCGGCAAACGCUUCAUGCGCAGCGACCACCUCGCUAAGCACGUGAAGACGCACCAAAAUAAGAAGCUCAAAGUUGCUGAGGCUGGGGUGAAGCGGGAGAACCCGCGGGACCUAUGAGCUCACUCGGGCACCUCGGAAGCCACUCCCGCCCAGGACAUCCUACCCCGCACCUUUGCUGGCAUGCCCGGAGCAGACCAUCGAGGCAGCUGGCAGAGUGGAAACUUUAAAAACGAACUUUUAAUUGUCCUCCUCCCAAAACGUAGCCCUGCUGCUGUCCGGUCCUGAGCGGAGGACAGGACAGGCAAGAAUGGGAUCAUGGUUGAGAACCCUAAGUUACCCCAGGACAAUUCCAAAGUCCGAGCCAUCGCAUGCCUAGAAGAUCUACACACAGGGAUUCCACCCCGGCCUGGCCUUGCUUGUAGGAUUCUCUGCUGAUGGAAAAAGGAAGGCCUUAGGAGGUUCAAAACGGCCUGAGUUUUCACUAGGCCGGAUUCGGGCUUUGUACAGGUUAUUUAAUAAUAGCUUUGUUAAAGAGUAAUUAUAAUUAUAACAUUAAAAAAUGUUUCUGUUGUUCUCAGCU